ACACUCCCAUUCCUUUAUUAUUUGCUUUAGUUUUUUUCUUCAUCAAAAUAUCCACCCUAUUCUUGGGAUAAUUAACUUUAGGCAUAACUCUUCUCUGCUAUUUUCAAGUUGUAAGCAAUUUGACACUUCUAUUCUUAGUCUGUCUGACUUGUCAUUAGCUAUGUUACUGCAGUCGGGCCUAGCUUCAAUUGUUAUUCCAGCUUCCAACACUCCUGUUAUUCUGGCCUCUGAGUCAAUUAUUUCUGUGGUUUUCCCUCACCACAACGUCCGUAUGUCUAAGAUCUUGCUACUUCGUAAAUUUGGGGUCGCAAUAACCAAUGCGUAUAUGCAACCUACUGGUAACUUUCGUCGUGUCCUGGGUGCCACAUUCGAUCAACCAACACAAUUGCGAGCUAUAUUGCGUGAUUCCUUGUUCCCUCCAAAGCCUGCGACCACCUUUUACGGACGUGCUAAUUCGACCUGGUAGAAUACUGGCUAUACUCAUUUCGCUUGAUUCGAAUGACUUACAAAAACAAAAAAAUCUACUGUCGCCACUUCUUUAUCAUUCGUUUUCAUUGUUGCUUGUAUUUUACUUGGAAUCUGGAGAUCUCGAUUGAGACAAGUUUUUGACGAUCAACCUUUCACAUUCACAACGGUGCUUCCAUUCUGCAAUCCAAUCGUAUGACAACUAUACUUUCAAACGCUGGCCGUUUAAAAACAGUGUGCUUUCUUUCAUAAAAAUACUUCUUUCGACUUGUUGUCCCAAUUGACUCUUUCACAUUGCUCUUGGUCACUCGUAAAACAAAAACAAAAACAAAAAAACAAGACACAAAAAAGCAAAUAAUCACCCCUCAGUAACAA